AUGUUGGCAGUCAGGAAUCGAACGAAACUGAUAGUCGGCAUUGACUACGGUACAACGUAUUCAGGUCUCAGUUUUGCGCUCUCCAAUGCUGCAGACUUCAAAGACAUUCACCCAUGGACAAAAUACCCCGGCUCAUCAACUCACAUCGCAGAACACUGCCACAAAGCUCCAUCAUGGGUCGCCUUCAAAGAUGAGAAUCCCGAUCUCGACGAAAACGCAUGGGGCUAUCAAAUCGAACCUGGUAUGAAGACUUACGCAUGGACCAAGCUCCUCUUGGAUGAUCAAGCACUCGCGACAGAGUAUGAUGAUCCUGAUCUUAACAAGGCCGCUGGGAAUGGCCUUAUGAGGCUACCGGCUGGCAGAACUGCCAAAGACGUGGUUACGGAGUAUCUCAAGGGUAUGCAUUCUAUGUAUAGAAAAGCUGUCAUUGAGAAGAUCGGAGAAGGUAUCCUUGAGGAGAUGCCCGUUGACUUUUGGUUGACUGUUCCGGCGACUUGGACCGAGAGAGCAAAGCUAAUCACUAGGGCUGCUGCUUUGGAUGCUGGUUUUGCAUCGAGGCCUAUUGAUCGUUUGAGCUUGAUUACAGAACCAGACGCGGCUGCGCAUAUGGCUCUCAAGUCCAGCAUUCAUCACGUUGAAGAUCUUAUUGAUGCAGGUAGCGCCAUCUCACUUUUCGAGUCCAUGCUUACACUGCGCUUAGUCAGAAAGUCACCUUCUCUGAAGCUGAGGGAGAUUGCCAUCGGAGCAGGUGGCAAAUGCGGCGGGACAUUCGUAGACCGCAAUCUCUACAAGCUGCUCUCCGAACGCUUUGGAACUGCGUUCACGAGCCUGGGCCCACAGCACGUAGGUCCCGGCAGUCAGUUCAUGGACCAAUUCGAGAAUCGCAAGAGAGACUUCAGCCUCGAUACACCGAGCAGGAAGUCUUAUAAACUAACUCUACCGAUGCGAAAUCUGGUAGUCACUCCAGAGAUGCAGAAGUACUAUGACCCUGACUUUAACUGGGUGCUCUUGAGCAAAGAUGAUAUGAAGAGUCUUUUUGACCCCGUAAUUGACGUCAUUCUCAAGCUUGUGAAAGAUCAGGUUGAUCAGGUCAAGAGAGAUAAGGAGCCAAUAAUCAAGACUAUGUGUUUGGUUGGUGGGUUUGGUUCCUCGCCUUAUGUCAAGGAGAGGUUGCUUGAAUGGUGCUCUGAGCAAGAGAUACGGCUUACAACACCCUGGACAGGCGCUUGGGCAGCUGUUGUCUGCGGUGCAGUGUUGCGAGGCGUCGAGGGCUCUAUGGUCAGACAAAAGAAAUGUCGUCGACACUAUGGACAUAGCAUCUCCCGAACCUAUGAUCCAGCAGUUCAUUUCAACUUUGAUGAGAACAAGCGAAGAUUGUGGAAUGACCCCUGGACCAAGGAGCAAAACCUAUCUGGCUUCAUGGAUUGGGAGAUUGCGAAGGGCGCACUCCUAGACGAUGACACUGAGAUCAGCACAAGCUUCUACUCGCACUUCUCAGAAUACUUUGAUGGAAAGCAUACGCAUGAUCUUUACUCGUGCAGCUUGGAUGAGGCACCUGAGACUAUUGAGAACGAACGGAUCGAGAAAGUUGGCGAGGUUUUGUACACCAUUGAUGACAUUGGCAUUGACAAGACCAAAAUUAAGUCGAUCCAAGACGCCAAUGGCAUUCAUUGGUAUCAGCUACUACUCACCUUGACGAUUCGUCUCAGUGACGACGAUGUUGGUGUACUGACCAUCCCAUACAAAUCUGGUCCCGAUGGCGACAUCGUUCUUGAUGUCGUGUACCCAGAGGAAGCCGAUGAUUCGCCGACGACUGUUCUCAUUCACAUCCACGGCGGAUUCCUCAUCGUCGGGGACAGAUACAGCUUUGCUCCAUACUGGCUUGUCAACGCUGCAACCUCUCGGAAAUGGAUCUUCGUGAGCCCUGACUAUCGCCUUGUCCCAGAGUCUACCGCCCAUGCAUCAGUUGAUGAUUCCAUCAAUGCGUACAACUGGGUGCGCUCAUCGCUGGCUGAUACGCUUGGACGUCCUAUUGGACCUGUCUUGCUGGCUGGUUCAAGCGCAGGAGGAUAUCUCGCACUGACGACUGCGAAUGCUGUCGAGCAAAAGCCAGACGCGCUGCUUCUCAUCUAUGGAAUGCUCGAUGCGGCUGGUCCCAGAUAUACGACUCCCGGUUCAAAUAUCUGGGGCGCACCGCCUUUUGACACCGCCACGGUAUUGAGCCAGUUUCCCCGGACAAAGCAAAACGAUGAUCGGAAAGCCAUCUCUGGGUAUCCCCCACCCGAGAACUUCCAGCAAGACCCACGGUUCCAAGUUGCAUCAGCUCUUCACAUCGACGCCCUCUUCCCAGACUACAUGACCGGUGUUGAAGGCUUAAGCCGCGAGAUCGCAAGCAAGGGCAUCGAUGCCAUCCCCGAAGAACACCGACGACUGUUCCCUCUGUCUUUCGGCGAUCUUUCCAAGAUUCCCCACACAUUCUUGCUGCAUGGCGUCAAUGACUCUGCUGUUACAGUGGACUGCAGUAUCGUAGCUGAGAAGAAGCUUCGUGAGGCGGGUGUUGAGGUCGAAAAGGACUUCCCGGAGGAUGCGGAGCAUGGCUUUGAUGGUAGAAUUGGAAAUGUUGAUGUUGAGAAGACAGAGGCGGAUGGGAUUCCCAAUGUUGAGAGUCUGAGAAACGCCGUCCGCUUCCUUGACUCUUCUAGUAAGAAGUAG